CUGUGAAGCGUCUGGGAAAGUCGCUUGUUAGCAUGUUAGCACGUUACGUCACGUCGCUCAAAACUGUUAGCUGACAUCUCUUGCGGUUUCUCAGCGUGUCAGUCGAGGCGAACAUGAACGGGUUAGACGUGCUGCAUAUUCAUUUCUUAUUUAGAAAUGUCAAACUAUCCGCGUUAGCGUGUAAUUAAGCCGUCGGAAAACGGUGUGAAAGUUUAUUGAUCUGUCUCGUGAAGUUAGUGUUAGCAAUGGGGCGCAAAAAACCGUUUCAGAGCGAGCGACAAACCAGCAGAGGCAAAGACAAGCGACACAAAAUGAAAGGAAAGUCUUUGGAAACGUUCACGGAAGAAAUGCAGGAGUUUUUGGAAGCGCAGUGUAAAAGCACAGAGUCCGAGGACGCGGCGGCGGCAGCGUCUGCGAAGUUUCCGUGCCCGCUGGCCAUGUGGGAACUGGGUCACUGCGACCCGAAGCGCUGCACCGGACGCAAACUGGCCCGGAAAGGCCUGGUGCGCUGCCUCCGCCUCAACCAGCGUUUUAACGGCCUCGUCCUCAGUCCCAUGGGCGUCAAAUAUGUUACACCCGCUGACAGGGAGAUCGUGGCUGAGGGCGGUGUCGCAGUGAUCGACUGCUCGUGGGCGAGGCUUGAGGACACGCCCUUCAGUAAGAUGAUUGGCUCACACCCGAGGCUGCUGCCUUAUUUGGUGGCGGCCAAUCCUGUGAACUAUGGCAAGCCGUGCAAGCUGAGCUGCGUCGAGGCCUACGCGGCCACCUUCUGCAUUGUAGGAUUUCAGGACCUGGCUGUGCUCCUGUUAAGGAAGUUUAAGUGGGGUUUGGGGUUCCUCGAGCUGAAUAAAACGCUCCUGCAGCGCUACGCCACUUGCAAAUCAGAGGAGGAGCUGCUCACGGUGGAGAAGGAGUACCUCACCUCCUCCCCCUCAGAGGAGGAAGAGUUAGAUCCUUUCGACGUGGACUCGGGGAGAGAGUGUAUGAACCUCAACAGACCACUCCGUCAUAUUUUCUCAACUUUCGGUGCACGUAGAGAGGAAGAGGACGACACCGAAAGCAGCGAGGCAGAGACUUCUGAAGAAGACGACGAGGAGGAGGAGGAGGAUGAAAAAGACGCUGCCAAAGAUGAGAAAAAAGACAAGGAGAAUGUUGAAGAUGAGUCGUGAAGAAAUGCAAACAUGUAUUUGGGCGUGUCUCAAAACGUCAAGGCUUGAGCAAAGAUUCAUUUUAUCAGGGAAGGGUGGUUAGAAGAAUAAUAAUAAUAAGGAACAGGACGGUAUAGCUGAUAAUAAUAGAAGUUGCUCUUGUUCAGCCUAAUGUGUACGACAGAUAUGUAAAUUAACUCCGAGACCCAGAGUUGGUCAAGAAAGGAAGAAUUGUUCGUUACGGGGUGUGUUCAUCCAGUCUGUGGUUCAAUCCCUGAAGAAUAAAGCUCGUCUUGGUGUUCCUCUUAUCCCAAGAGCUCUUAAUAACCUGGAAUCCUGUACUAUAAUUGUGUAUAAUCUUCCUUUCUUAAUGAAAAAUAAAUUACUAUAUGUGUGCAAUCGC